CUCCAUCAUGGAUGCGGCCGAGGAUAGGGAGGUUAAGCUCCAGCGUGCCUCUGGAGACCUCGUCCAAGAGUUUUCCGAGAAGCUGCCAUCUCUCCUUUGGAAGACUCGACCCGACCAGCCAAACACCCGCAUUCCACGGAGAUGGACCCCCGCCGCAAAAACAGAAAGACUCGUCGGCCUGUUGGAACCGUUUCAGGAGUGGCCGCAGCUGUUGGACCCCCACCUGCAGGCCCUUCUACCCCCUUUAGUUGAUGCCUUUCUGGCAUAUUUGCUGAAGCAUCGCGAUCAAUACGCGUCCAAACCCGCAGGAUUGCAAGGUCAGAAGACAGCGUAUCCUCUUCCAAGAGCGAUCUGCAGACUGCUUUAUACCUUUUGCAAAGUCCGUGGAGUCAAAGUCAUCAGCAGGUUCUUGAACAAUGAGCCCAAGUACCUUGACCCGCUGCUCCGCGCUUUCGUCGAAUGGGAUGCCGUCAAAGAUGAACCUGAGCUAGGCCUUGGAGACAUUCCCCUGCGACUGGUCUGGGAAGAACGAUAUGUGAUGCUGAUUUGGCUGUCGCAUUUGUUACUUGCUCCCUUCGACCUGGCUUCGAUGUCGUCAGAUGAUAUCCCGGUUCCGUAUGACAACCUUGGGACUUUGAAACAGAUGCCAAACCGCACACCAGUGGUUACAAAGUCUCUACUUUCUGUGGCCUUGAAUUAUGUUAACGUCUCAGGUAAAGAGCGGGAAGCCGCUACAAUUGUUUUGGCACGACUGGUGCUUCGGCGUGAUAUGCAGGCGCUUGGGCUUUUGACUAAUCUGACGGACUGGGCGUUUUCGGUUGUUCAGCCUGCAGGUAAUCUUGAACCCCCUUCAGUCUACACGUGUAUUGGGGUGUUGUCUUUCAUCGCUCGCCUGGGUGCGUCGGGCCAGGUGGAGGACUUUGCUCCCCUGGUGUCUCCCGUCUUUGGACAGACGCUGCAAAUUCUGCAGGGCAACUCAGCUGUCUCAGAAGUUAUCAAGUCUUCUGCGCUGGCACGGAAGACUAUCAUCAAAAUCUUGCGUACGGUAACAGUUAUGGCCUUGUCACUCAAUGAGAGGGGCGACAGUACAAUCUCGGACGACCAGGUUUCUACAAUUUUAGAGGAUGCAAUUGAUCACUUCCUCGUCGCUCUUGCUGAUAAGGAUACCCCUGUACGCUUUGCAGCGAGCAAGGCUCUAAGUAUUAUUACUUUGAAGCUGGAUCCAGAUAUGGCCGCGGAGGUCAUCGAGGCUGUUACCGGCUCUUUGGAGGAGAACAUCCUAUAUGAGAAGCGAGACGGGGCCAUAGUGACACCGCUGGAGGCACGGAGGAUAGGGAUCAACACGUUGAAACGAAAUUUGAGCGCAGUCGACGCUCAGAGGUGGCAGGGGCUUAUCUUGACGCUCGGCCAUCUCUUGUUUCGCCGUGCGCCUCCUACCCAUCAACUUAGCGAUGUGCUUCAACCACUUGUUUCUGGCCUUGACUUCGAGCAACGGUCAUCAACUGGAAGCUCUGUCGGAACAGGUGUACGCGACGCCUCGUGUUUCGGAAUUUGGGCGCUGUCUCGCAAGUAUACCACCCAGGAACUGCUUGCCUUGAAACCGUCGACAAUCAGCACAGCCACAGCUCAAGGUGAAGAAGAAAGCACAUUGCAGAUGCUAGCGAUCGAACUUGUGUGUGCCGCGUGCGUUGACCCGUCUGGAAAUAUUCGGAGGGGUGCUUCUGCAGCACUGCAAGAGCUCAUCGGGCGUCAUCCCAACACAAUUGCCGAAGGUAUACCUCUUGUGCAAGUUGUGGACUACCAUGCGGUGGCUCGGCGCUCGCGGGCAAUGAUCGAUGUUGCCAAUGCGACCGCUGCUCUCAGCCUCCAUUACUGGAGCCCCCUUGUCGAAUCAUUGAUGCACUGGCGAGGUAUUGGCUCGCCUGACGCAGAGUCUCGCAGGCAUGCAGCCAAAGCAAUCGGAGUUUUGAGUACGCAGCAGUCAUACAAAACAAUGCAACAAGUGUUCCAGCGGCUGCUGAAUAGGCUAUCUAGUAUUCCACACAGUGACGUGGAAACUAGACAUGGCUGUCUUUUGGCCAUCGCAGCUACGGUUGACGCAUUCAACGCCCACCGUGAGAGGGAUCUCGUAGAUGCAUCGGACGCAACGAGUGUCUCGCAUUAUGUGGCCAAGGCCUGGGAGAUAUUCGGCUCUUCGCUCGGACCAACCCAAGAUGACCUCACCCUUCAGACUUUCCGGCCUGAGCUGACAGCGGAGGCCUCUUCUCAGUUGAUCUGUUCUCUUGCUCGAUCAGUUACCUUGGCCCGUGAACCACGAAUCUCUCAACCCUCAGUGGAUUUACUAAGCAAGGCCCAAGAAACGCUCUUGCUAUGCAUAUCACGGAGCGAGGAUACUUCUAUCGAGAGCUCAUCCAAUGCAGUAUCCGAGCUUCUACCUCUUUUACCACCUGACGAACAAGAGAAGAUGAUUCAGGGGUGGUUUUCCCACAUCCAUACUACCUGGAACCUGCCAACAGGCCGCGGCCAGAUCACGGCCCUGGGCACAGUGUUCAAACAAAUUGACAAGAACAGUUCUCUCAGAAAAGCUAUCAUAGACAGCAUCAUAGAAUGUGCAGAGAAAGAAGAACUAAUCGAGAAGAGAGUGGCCGCUGUCAAGAGCUUGGCUACCGGUGUUUUGCCGCAUAUAGACGUAACCGAUGAUAUCCUCAAUCAUCUCGUACGUUUCUUGAAUGAUUAUACAACCGAUAGGCGAGGAGACAUCGGUUCUUUGAUUCGGCUUGAAGCGAUCCAGGCCGCAAAGACGGUUCUAGAAGCAGGACCAAGACUUCCCAAUGAAUUGCCUGGGGUGCAAGAUAUUGUUGGGUGCCUUUGCCGACUUGCAGCGGAAAAGCUUGACAAAGUACGUGUGCAAGCUUGGAUUUGUCUUCAGGGCUACUGGGAAACAGCCAAUGGCUUUCCGCCGUUGACAAGGAAAUACGAACACUUCAGUCAUGUAUCCUCAACGGAGUAUCUGCUGCAGCUGCUCCAGUUGCAGAGUAUUGAUUGGCUGCGCCAGCCUCUGUUUCAAGGCCUAGCAACUUCGGCCGUUGCUGGUAGCGAAGGACUGAUUCGGUCGUCUCGCUCAGCUCUGGUACAAAGCAUUCAAGAAGCAGAAGAUCCGCAGGCUGCAGUAUUGGCCAUAAUCAAGGACCUGGCUGCCAUAUUGGGCGAGAACCUGCAAGACGAUCGGUUUGCGAUUCCUGUGCUUGAGGUCUUGGCGUUCCUAUUGGACAGCUUUGUCUCUUCUGUGCGCGAUGACUCGAUCCCAAGUCUGCGGAAGCUAUUUGUCCUCGUACAAAGAGCGCACUUCAAAUCGUCAAACAUCGCCCGACUCGAAGCGGCAGUCCGGGCUUAUGCACCUCUGUCGAGGAUAGAGCAGCUACAUACGGAAGUGAUCAAGAAAAUGACGGCGCUGCUACUGCAUCCGUUCCCUAGGCUAAUCAGAAUAGGUAAUUCCGAGAGCUCUCACACCAAUCCUCCAACUCCUCCACCAACAAGGGUACACCCCACAAAAAAACAUAGCAACAAUGGCGUCCAUAACAGCGCCCACCCCGAUACCCCCCAACUGCACGUCCGCAACUUGGAAGAGCGCAUCAAAGUCGACCAGCUAAAAGAAGCGCUGGAAGAGAUCUUCUCCGAAUACGGCACGGUACUUGAAAUCGUCGCGAAAACGAACCUGAAGGCGAAAGGACAGGCGUUUGUUGUCUUCGACACCGUGGAGGCGGCGACCCGCGCCAUCGACGAAAUCAAUGGCUUCGAACUCUUCGAUAAACCCAUGGUGUUGGAUUACGCGAAGACGAGAAGUGAUAUGACGGUGUUACGUGAGGGCGGGGAGGAUGAGUUGGAGGCGCAUAAGAGACGGAGAUUGGCUGAGAAGGAACGCAAACAAGCGCACGAAGCCCUCGAAGCUCAGAAAAAGCUCAAGCGACCCCCCGGCGCACCUACGGAACCUGGCCGUCCUGCGAAAACCGCCAAGGGCGCUGGUCUCAAGCCUACCAGUGGGGCUGCGGCGGCGGUUAUUCCGGACGAGUAUCUGCCUCCGAACAAGAUUCUCUUCUUGCGCGAUUUGCCCGAUACUGCGGAUCAGGACAGUCUGACGGCUGUGUUUGGUCGGUUCGAGGGAUUCCAGGAGGUUCGGUUGGUCCCCGGACGCAAGGGUAUUGCGUUCGUCGAGUACGAGAACGAGUCUGGGGCUAUCAGUGCCAAGGAGGCGACGUCGGGGAUGCCUAUGGGAGAGGCUGGAAAGCCCAUUCGCGUUACUUACCAGAGACAAUGAUUGGGGUGGUUGUGGCUUGUUUGGCGUUGGGGUGGGUAUUUCUAUUUUAUUUUCUCCCUCGUGUCUAGUAUGUCUCUUGUUUUAUUACUAUGACUACCUACUUUGAUUUGUUGGAUGGUAUCUGGGAAGAAAGCAUGUCUGAUGUCUUUUGUUGAGGUAAAUCAUUCGGCUGGCGGUGUGAUAUCUGACAGUGUAAGGCAUAUGAAGUGACGAAAAAGAACUGCUCCAGGCUAGAAAGUGUAGGUGAGGGAGGUACUAGUUACAGGGCGAUGGGGAAUCUGAACGGCGCCUAGAAAAUCACGUCGGCAUCUUCUUGCUCUCCGAGGACGUCGGGUGCUUCAGGUGCCUCUUCUUCCUUCUUCUCAGCAUCUGCGCUUUCCUGCAGCCUGGCUGCUUCUUUCUGCCGCGCAGCCAGGAUCUCUGCGUCUGCAGCGGCGUUGUCGCGCUGCUUCUUACCGGAAACCUUCUUC